AUGGCAAGGAAUCUGUGUCGCAAUGUGCAAACAACCCCGAGGCCUUUGACGGCACUGUCCUUGCGACGGAUGGUCACCCCUUUCCAUGACCUAGAGCUACAAGGCAGCCACUGUCCGAGACCGAGAUACUUCGGUUCGAGCACUGCCAAAUCCGCUAAGAAGAAGAGCAACAACAAGGCAUAUUCUGGCUCUUCAAUGUCUGCUGGUGACGCUUCAGCUGGCCCAUCAAGAUACCCACCGCUACCCGAAGGCUGGCAGGCAGUCAUUGGUAUCGAGUGCCACGUUCAGAUCAAGGACAAGCACAAGCUCUUCAGCACCGCAGAACUACCCACCCCGUCCACGCCACCAAAUACCCUUGUCACUGCGUUCGAUGCCGCCCAUCCCGGCACACUCCCUACACUCAAUCGCUCGGCUCUACGACUAGCAGCCCGAACAGCGCUCAGUCUCAAUUGCCAAAUUCAUGCCGAGAGUCGCUUUGAUCGCAAACACUACUUUUACUCGGACCUGCCGGCAGGUUACCAAAUCACCCAGAAGUACAUGCCUUUGGCAAACAAUGGCCAAAUCAAAUUGCUUUUUGACGAGGGGCAUCUUCCAAGCCCUGAAGACGAGAUCACUGUUGAGAUCGAACAGCUGCAGCUCGAGCAGGACACGGCUAAGUCGAGCUAUUUUGACAUUGGCACCACCUUUCGCUUGGACCAAGCGAGUCUGGCCGACGCCAGUAAUGCGGAAGCGAGCCCCGGUGCGAUACUGCACGAAACAGACGAUGACCGUGUAGACCGCAGCUUUGUCGAUCUAAACCGCGCAGGUGCAGCUCUCAUGGAGAUUGUCAGCGGCCCGCAGAUGCGCACCCCUGAGCAAGCAGGUGCAUAUGUACGCAAGCUUCAACAGCUUGUUCGUCGUAUCGGUGCCUCUGACGGCAACAUGCAGGAAGGUUCCUUGCGUUGUGACGUCAACGUUUCGGUCAACCGCAUCGGCGAGCCCUUUGGCACUCGGUGCGAAGUCAAAAAUCUCAACAGUGUCCGCUUCAUGAUGAACGCCAUCUCGUUCGAAUCGCACCGACAGGUCAAGCUGCUCCAGCAGAACGGUCGCGUCGAGCAAGAGACCAGAGGCUACAACGAGUCGGACGGUACCACGUUCCGUCUACGUGGCAAGGAGGAUGCACCGGACUAUCGAUACAUGCCCGAUCCGAAUCUGCCACCCAUCUUGUUAUCCGAGCAACAGCUUCACGAACUGAGGCAUGGCUUGCCGGAGCUUCCAGACGCAAGACGUGCUCGCCUGGUUGAGCAAUACGGGCUUUCUUCUCGCGAUAUCAAUGUACUCAUGAGGGUGGGCUCAGAGGACGAGCGGGAUGGCCGAAUAGCAACACAAUCUCUCGAUACCCACGCUCAACAGCAAACAAGCUCGGACGCAGUAGAUUACUUUGAGCAAGUCGCAACUGGUCGAUCCGCGCAAACUGCACUCAAUUGGAUCAUUCACGAGCUGAUGAAAGGCCUGAAUGCCCGCAACCUUCCUUUCAAGGAAUGGUACUUGCCAGCAGAGUAUCUUGGCCAGCUGAUCGACUUGGUGGAAGACGGACAAGUUACCGGCACUACGGCGAAAACUGUCAUUGCCGACCUUCUCUCUUCUGCUCAGUCAGGACAUGACGGCAAGACUUGCCUCUCGCUUGCAGCUGUACGAGCAUUGGCGCAGUCGUCCUCUUCGCCGGUGUUUGAUCUGCUGAAGCAAAGAGGCUUGCUCGCGCUCAACACAAAGAAAGACUUGAUGCCACUCGUCGAGUCAGCGAUGGAGAGGCUGCCGGAUGAAGUGGCUCAGGUGCGCAAGGGUAAUCUCAAGGUAGCGAUGCGGAUUGUUGGACAGGUCAUGAAGGAUGCGAAUGGCAGAGCGAAUGCAAAGCUUGUGCACCAGACCAUUUUGGAACAACUCGGACCGACUUCUGCUCCUUGA